AUGCCGGUGCCCCCGCCACCCCCUCCCUUGGCGCCACCGCCACCUCCGCCGCCCCCCAGCACUGGACCUCCACUGUUUGCAGUCGAGUCUCCUAAAAGUGGAGGAGGUGGAAGGAGUGCUCUGCUAGCCGAAAUCCACAAGGGAGCCAAACUCAAAAAAGUCACACAAGUCAAUGAUCGGAGCGCUCCUGUUGUCGACAAACCCAAGGUUACGAGUGGAGACGUGGCCAAUAAUCUUGGUGUCGCUCAUGCUUCAUUUGAAGGCACAGCACCGGUAGGACAAUCCUUAGGCGGACUUUUUGCAGGGGGUUUCCCUACCCUGAGGCCAAUAGGACAACGUGACCCGGCAGGCAAAACGCUAGUGUCACGUUCGAGCUCUUCAGCCUCCCUCAAACCACUGUGGAACACACCCAAUUUAGCUGACCUGAUCGGCCCCCUCGGAGAAGUCGGUCCCCGCCCGCUCGUCUCAUCCUCUGCCCCGCCCUCCCCAACUCACGCCAGCAAGCACCUCGCCCCCCUCUCUUUGGCCACUGCCACUACGUCUACACCGAGCGCCCCACCUUCUGCUCCUCCUCCGCCACCACCACCCCAAGCCUUCCAGGACCGCUCCUCCAACAAGCCACCGCCUCUGCCUUCCUGCCCACCUCCUCCACCUCCAUCUCAGGUUACUACAAAGCCCACCUGGCUCCCCAUCCAACACAACCAACCCUCGACGCCUCCCCCUCCAUCUUACAACCCUCCUUCUCUCCCUAGAGAGCGCUCUUCAUGGUCCUUCUACCCUCCGCCGCCCCCUGUUGUCCACUCUGAAAUUGCCCGGUUUCCUAUUUUACGGGACUAUUCCCCUCUCGGACCACCUCCCCCACCGCCACCCCCCCCUCUGCCGACCUCUUACACCCCAAGCACACUAACCACCUUCCCGCCACCUCCACCCAAAAUCCCUGCAGUUGCCUCACCAAGCCUACGUUUUCUCCCACCGUCAUACCCUUGCAACGCUCCGACUCGACGACCGCCUGCGGUUCCUAAAAGUGCAGGUGUCAGUCGUCUGGCUCCUCCUCCGGCUCCUCCGGCACGUUCACCCUCCACUGAGCUGUCCAGCCGCAUUCCUCCCCCUCCGCCACCGCCUCCUCUGCCCCCCUCCAGCGUCAGGAAUGGACACUUGCACAGUCUAGAUGACUUUGAGUCCAAAUUCCAGUUCCACCCUGUUGAAGAUUUACCUCCUCCAGAUGAAUUUAAGCCUUUCCCUCGCAUCUACCCAAGUAAAGAAAACAAAGUAAACCCUGCCCCCCAUGGAAUCAGAUCACACCUCAGAUGA